AGACUAAUAAAAAAAAAGAGAGGAAAGGGCCGCUCUCAACAGAACAGUCUCUCCACCAUUCCAUGUCGGCCUUCCCCACCCCCCAUUAGAUUCUCACGAGAGCGGUCACCUCACUCGCUAGCUGCUUCACUCUGCGCGCGAGAUCCGGCGUCCGCCUCAGCCUCCGCGACGCCGUCCACCUCCUUCUCCGUCGAGGCCUUCGCCGGCGGCAGGUUAGCGCCCCUCCUCUGGCUCGAUACGACUGCGAUAUGAGCGGUCGGUCCUGGAGACGAAGCUAAGAGUGUCCGUCCUGCAGAUCUGCUGCUCUAGUAUGUACUCCCUUCAUCCCAUAAUAUAAAACGUUUUUGCAAGCUAAGUUAGCUUGCAAAAACUCCUAUAUUAUGGGACGGAGUAGCAGAUAGGCUGCUCUACUUCACCAAGUAGAUCACCAACGCCAACUUCCACAAACACGAGAGGUAACGUGUGCGGACAAGCAUGGCCGCGGUUGUGACCGGAGCGAUGGGCACCCUCUUGCCCAAGCUCGCCAACCUGAUCACAAAGGAGUACAACCUCCACAAGGGCGUCAAAGGCGAGAUCAUGUUCCUCAAAGUCGAGUUGGAGCAUAUGCAGGCGGCUCUGGUUGAUAUCUCGGAGGCGCCAAUUGACCAGCCACCAAACAACCAGAUCAAGCUUUGGGCCAAUCAUGUGAGGGACCUAUCAUACGACCUCGAAGAUAACAUUGACAAGUUCAUGUUGCACAUCGAAACCCAUGGACAGCCAGAGAAGUCGCACAGCUUCAGGGAUUUCAUUGAUAAGUGCCUCAGCCUGCUGACCAAGGGCAAGAUUCGGCACAAGAUCGGCAUCGAUAUCAAAGACAUCAAGAGACGUAUCAAGGAGAUCAGUGAGCGGCGUAAAAGGUACCAGAUUGACAGUAAGGCUGCUGCCAAGCCACCUGGUCCAACUGUUGACACCCUUCGCCUGUCAACCUUGUAUAAAAAGGCGACGGAGCUCGUUGGCAUCGAGGAGAAGAGCCUUGAGGUAGUCGAGAUGUUGACAGAGGGAGAUGAGGUUUCCAAGAAACAGCUCAAGGUGGUCUCUAUUGUUGGAUUUGGUGGAUUAGGCAAGACAACCCUUGCCAAUGCAGUGUAUGAGAAGCUCAUAGUGCAAGUCAACAUUCAAAAACAAAAACUGCAAUUUGAUUGUGCGGCUUUUAUUUCAGUGUCUCUUAAUCCUAACAUGAAGCUGAUUUUCAAGAGCUUGCUCCAUCAACUUGACAAGCACACAUAUCAGAACAUUAAUGAGGCAUCAUGGGUCGAAGAACGGCUCAUCCGUGAGAUAAGAACAUUCCUUGAAAACAAGAGGUACUUGAUUGUUAUUGACGACAUAUGGGAUAAAUCCGUCUGGGAAAACAUCAAGUAUGCCUUGAUUGACAAUGAAUAUGAAAGCAGAGUAAUCACAACAACUCGCAUCCUUGAUGUUGCCCAGCAAGCUGGUGGUGUUUAUCGGCUGGAUCCUCUUUCUGAUGAGGACUCAAGAAAAUUGUUUUAUCAAAGAAUAUAUGGUAGGGAGAACAAGUCACCACCUGAUCAAUUGGUUGAAGUAUCUGAGAGCAUUCUAAGAAGAUGUGGAGGGGUUCCACUAGCUAUCCUUACGAUAGGUAGCUUGUUGUCUAGUAAAAAGGGAAGAGCACAUACACAUGAGUAUUGGUCCAAGGUGUACAAAUCUAUCAGUUCCGGGCUAGAUAAUAGUCAUGAUGAUGUGAAGAACAUGAGAAGGAUAUUAUCUGUCAGUUACUUUGGCCUACCUCCACACCUAAAGACUUGUUUACUGCAUCUUAGUUUGUAUCCACAGGAUUAUGAGAUUGAAACAGGACAAUUGAUAUGGAAAUGGGUGGGUGAAGGUUUUGUGGGAAAAAAACAGGGGAAGAGCUUGUAUGAGGUAGGAAAGGAUUACUUGGACGAGCUCAUCAAUAAAAGCUUGGUACAGGCUGUACAUUUUCAGAAUGGUAAUGAGGUGUGCUCUUGUCGUAUACAUGAUAUGGUGCAUGACCUCAUCACUUCUUUAUCAAAUGAGGAGGGUUUCCUAACAACAAUAGGUAGUCAACAGCCUGAGUAUCUACCAAGUAAAGUCCGCCGACUGUUCGUGCAAACCAGCACUGAAGAGGUUGUUAAUCAGUUGCCAACAUUGAGCUUGUCCCAUGUGAGGUCACUUACCUUGUCUAGGCCAGCUUUCAGUUUGUUGCCAGCACUUUCAGGUUUUCCAGUCUUACGUGUACUAGAUUUCAGUAAUUGUGAGCAAGUGGAUGAUAAUCAUUGGAAGGAUAUCUGCAAUUUGUUUCACUUGAGAUAUUUGAGUUUAAAGGGUACAUCUAUCACUAAGAUCCCAAAAGAGAUUGGGAAUCUAAAAUUUGUGCAAGUGCUGGACAUAAGGUCCACGAAAAUAGAAGAACUGCCGUCAACCUUUAUUCAACUAACACACCUCUUGUUACUCCUGAUGGUUGAUAGCCUUGGUUGUGCAGUGCCGAGGUGGAUGUGCUCCAUGUCUUCCCUCUUCUCCCUAAGUAUCACACUAAAAGCACUAGGAGAGGAGGACCUUGAAAUCCUUGGGAGCAUACAAACUCUCAGUGAAUUGUGCAUACAAGUGGAGAAGCCUACACAAGGAAGAGCCAAAAGGUUAGUUGUUGGCAGUGGUUAUCCAUUUCCGUGUCUAAGAAGGUUUUCUUUCAAGAGUGACUCCAUGGAGUUGGGGUUUGCACUUGGAGCCAUGCAAAGUCUCCAGUUCCUGGCGUUAGUUUUUCCUCAUGUGCAUGGCACACUGCUUCAAUUUGGUGAUUUUGUAAUGGGUUUAGAGAAUCUCUCUUCGCUUGAGUAUAUGGAGAUGGAUGUUUAUUCUAGAAGAGAGACCUCUGUGCUGUUUAAUGUGAUGACUGCAGUUUGGAAAGAGAUUUCUAUGAACCGUAACAAGCCCACACUGAUGUGGAAUCCAUCCAAACUUACUGUUGCGGAAGAAAUUUGUGUUGCCCUGUACGUGCAGAAAGCUGCCUUGAUCUUCAUAGAUGGUGCUAAAAAGCUUGGGGUCUGAUCGGGAGCCCCCCAUAGGAUGUCCAAGCUUAAUAAGGCCUUUCGUCGCGAUCUGGCUACCACAAGGAAAUGAAGCCACCAGCUGCGAGAUCACCUCAUGGCUCAGUCGAAGAGUCGACAAGGAAAUUGAUCUCUCUCUGGUUUUUUUUCUUUUGCGGGGGUUUUCUCUCUGGUUAUUAAUGUCUGCACGAUACACCCUAGACAAUUAUAUAUUUCGUUGUGUUCAUGCAU